AUGCAGCGCCUUCGCCGCCUCUCCACCUCAUCCUCGUCCCCGGCCGGCGGGCCUCCCGACAGCACGAGCGCGAGCCCGACGCCGAGCUCCGGCGCCCUGCACCGCUCGUCGACGGCGGCCUCGCUCUCGCAGCGGUCGCCCUUCUCGCCCCUCGACACCCUGCGCCGCACGCCCUCGUCGCACCUCCUCAGCUCGGCCGGCGCUCGCUCGCAGGCGUCGACGGCGCUGUGCACCGCCGCGCCCGCCGAGGCGACCGUCGUCCGCGCACCCUCCUUCUCGACGCCGCACGACGCCGCCGGCAGCCGUCGCCUCGGCGGCCUCGCCUCGUCGUCGUCGAGCAUGUCGCGCGGCCGCUCGUCGUCGCGCACCCGCGUCGGCCCGCCGUCGCCGGCCCCCGAGGUCGUCCGCUCGUCGCCCAUCCCGAUCUCGCCCUCGUCGCCCUCGGCGCACUCGCGCUCGCGCGCCGCGUCCCGCCACGUCCUCGCCCAACGGCGCGACUCGUCGACGACGACGUCGGCGCUCGCGGCCGCGAUCCGCUCGGGCGACCCGACGCAGCUGCGCGCCGAGCGCCGCAGGACGGAGCUCGUCGACUCGCGGUUCGUGCGCGGCGUCGUCGGCACGGUCGGGCCGGGCGACCUGAGCGACGGGAGCGCGAGCGGCGAGAGCUACGAGGUCGAGGUCGUCGACACGCGCGCGCAGGCCGCCGCGAGGGCGGCGGCGAGCGGCGGGCUCGUGCGCGGCGCGAGCGGCAGGGGUCGCUCGACGUCGACGGUCGGCGCCGGCGCACCGCUCGUCAAGCCCGUCCCGCGGUACUCGUCGGGCCGCAGGCUGAGCUGCCUCGCGACGUACGAGGGCCUGCCGAUCCCGACGCCGAUGCGCGGUCGGCCGGCCGGCGCUGCCGAACCCGAGCUCGAGUACUCGCUGCACGGCCUGCGCGGCGGGUCGAGCGCAAGCACGGGCGAGCGCCCUCGCGUGCGGCGCAUCUCGAGCUCGGCGCCGGGUCCGCAGCAGCAGCCGUCGCCCGUCGCGCACCGCCCGUCGAGCCCUGCGCCCGAGGGCUUCAAGAGCGGCGGCAUGAGCCCGCUCACGAGGGCCAUCGGCGGCAUGUCGACGGCUGCGGCGCCGAGGAGGCCGUCGUCGCCUGGGCCCGGGAUCGGACUCGGCGCGCGCAGGGCGUCGUCGCCGGUCGGGCCGCGCCCGAGCGGGCUCGUCGCCGCAGCAGGAGCGUCGCCGAGCAGUGCUGGAGGAGCUGGGAGCUACCGCGGCAGCCAGGGCAGCGGGAGCGUGCGUCGCGCGCCGUCGCCGUCGCCGGGAGCGCGCUCGAGCACCCUCGUCGGCUCGUCGUCGGCCGUCACCUCGCCGCCUCGCCCUCGCGCGCCGUCCCCUGCGCGCACUGCAUCCGGCACCAAGGUCGUGUACGGCUUUGACGCGCCCGCACGCCCGGCCUCGCCGACGCCGAGCCGCCCGUCGCACAUGACGACGCCGCACGCGCUCGCCCGUCCUCCCUCGCCGUCGCUCGCGGCCCGCCACGCCCACAGCGCGCCCGUCGUCCCGACGCACGACCACCUGCCCGGCACGCCGACGCCGCACUCGCACGCGACCGUGACGCGGCCGCGGUCGAGAAUGGCCGACCAGCACGCCGACGAGCGGCUCGAGGUGCUCGCGUCGCGCGACUUUGCCGUCCUCGACGAGUACUACUCGUCGCGGCGUCGCGGUGGCGGCGGCGGUGGGCGGGACGGCGAGCGCGGGCAGCGGCCCAAAGGGGAGCGCAGGGAGGGCAAGAGAGAGGCCGAGGAGCGGCUCAGGCGAGGGUACGACCGGUCGCUCGGUGGCGGGAUCGGCGCGGCGGACAGUGCGGCGGCGAGGUGA